AUGGUUGUUGGAAAUAUAGCUGAAUCAUGCUUUAACUACAACUGUGAACGAUUAGUUUUAAACUACAGAUGGAAUGCCCAAACCUCAAUACCGCAACCAUUACUCGAUGCAAUGAACAAGCCAAAAUUUUUUCAAAUUCGACGCUUUAGAUCAACAUUAGAUCAUCAUUUCAUUGCGCUUGCUGUCUACGAUGAUGAUGAUGUUGCGCUGCUCGAACCAAAUUUUCUUCCUUCAAAAGAGAAAAUGACAUCGCGCACGGCUGAACACAGUCACGUACUGAAAGAGAGAAAGAGGGAAGAAGACAGAAACUUCAAGAAGGAGAACACGCCAACACACAGAGGCAGAGCUGGAGCAAAGAAACCACAAGCGGCCCUGCGAGAGUGA